UAUAAACAUGUUUGGUGAAGUUGCCACCACCACAACUCUCCACAAAACAAGAAAACUCAAAGCUUUUCAGGAUCUUUAGUAAUUCUUCUCUUCAUCCUUUGCUCAUCUUAAAUAAAAGAUCAUGGCUAUCCGUGUUCCUCGUAUAAUCAAGAAGUCAUCGACAUCCUUGGAUGUUCCCAAGGGCCAUUUUGCUGUUUAUGUUGGGGAGAAGCAGAAGAAGAGAUUUGUGAUUCCCAUAUCAUACUUGAGCCAGCCUUCAUUUCAAGACUUACUAAGUCAAGCAGAAGAAGAAUUCGGCUUCGAUCAUCCAAUGGGUGGUGUCACAAUUCCCUGCUCAGAGGACAUCUUCAUUGACAUCACUUCUCAGUUUAGGAUUUAAGAACGUAGUUGAAAUUCAUUUUCCUUUUUUUCAUAUCACAAUUUUGUAUACUGAAGUAGGAGAUCCAUAUUGUACAGUUAAUUAGUUAGAAGCUCAUUGAGGAUUAGCAUCAAUAAGUUUGGUGUUUUUGACACACAGAGACAAAUACAAAGAAUACAGAUACCACA